CAUCGGCGUUAAUUCUAUUUUUUCUUUUUUUGAAUUUCCCAAGCAACGUCUUUAUCCAUUAUUACUGUCUUUGCGCUUGGUUCUUUUUAUUGUUUUUGUUAAACAAUCGCGAGGUGAUUACAUGCAUGCAUGUUUCUCAGCACUACCUACCAGCUGCAGAAGUCGGCUUCUGAAAUCUUAAAGAUUAGAUUCUGAAACACUUCCUGUAUCAUUAUUUUAAUAUCACUUACACCACUGUUUCAUUUUUAAGUUCAUCUGCUUAUUGGUGUUUUGGUGACUUUAGUAACUGUUGAUUUGUAAUCAGGUCUAUUCUUUUAGAACAAACGUGUGCAUGUAUGAUCACUGUAAUCUCCAUCCCAGACAAUAAGUAACGCUCACAUCCUAUUGGUCUUAUAUGUUGCUUUCCUGCAUCAGUUCAUAUGGCUCCGUUUUCAAGGCAAUGCACAAGGAAUCAGGUCAAGUUGUCGCCAUUAAACAAGUACCAGUCGAUACUGAUCUGCAAGAGAUAAUCAAGGAAAUAAGUAUGAUGCAGCAGUGUGAUAGUCCCUAUGUUGUCAAGUAUUAUGGAAGUUAUUUCAAGAACACUGAUCUUUGGAUUGUUAUGGAGUUCUGUGGUGCAGGAUCUGUCUCGGACUUAAUGAAAAUAAGAAAUAAAACUUUGAUGGAGGAAGAAAUAGCAUGCAUACUGAAAUACACCCUCAAGGGUUUGGAAUAUCUUCAUUUGAGAAGAAAAAUACACAGGGAUAUCAAGGCAGGAAAUAUCUUGCUUAAUGCCGAAGGUCAUGCCAAGCUUGCAGACUUUGGAGUUGCUGGUCAGCUAACCGAUACAAUGGCAAAAAGAAAUACUGUUAUAGGGACCCCAUUUUGGAUGGCUCCUGAAGUAAUACAGGAAAUAGGUUAUGAUUGUCUGGCAGAUAUCUGGUCGCUAGGAAUCACUGCAAUAGAAAUGGCUGAAGGAAAGCCACCUUAUGCUGACAUACACCCCAUGAGGGCGAUAUUUAUGAUUCCAACAAAACCGCCUCCCACCUUUAAAGAUGCUGACAGAUGGAGUAAAGAAUUCUUAGACUUUGUAAGCAAAUGUCUUGUAAAAAAUCCAGAGGAUAGAGCGACUGCCACGCAGUUAUUACAGCAUUCGUUUAUCCAGGAAGCAAAGUCUGUCAGUAUACUCAAUAACAUGAUCCAAGAAGCGCUGAAUAUUAUGGAAGAAGAAAGUGCGCGAGAGGAAAACGAGGAGGAAGCGGAGGAAGUCGAUGAUCAUAUCGACUCGGGGACAAUUGUGAAGGUUGGCGAUGGUAAUGAUAACACGAUGAUAGUAAACACAGCGUCCAGUGUGCAGAGUCAAGAUACGAUGAUCGUGAACAGUGAGGCAGGUACACUGUUGGAAUCUGAUCUGGGAACAAUGGUGAUUAAUUCUGAUGAAGACGAGGACGCCACGAUGAAAAGAUUGGACAGCGAUGCUAAACAGAACUAUCGUCCUUCAUUUAUGGAUCACUUUGACAGAAUAUUUGAAGCAGGAGGACGGGGAAGCGACUCCGGUGCCAACGGUUCGUCUGGGGAGGACUCCGGGGGACUACUGAGGGGGGCAAAACCUGAAGAUCCGUUUAAACUCAAGAAGGCAGGCCCCCCUGACUUUGAAUUUUUACGGUCACUGCCAUGCGAGGAAUUACAAAGCCGAAUGCAGACACUGGACAUGGAAAUGGAGAAAGAAAUUGAAGGACUCAGAGCGCGAUACCAGGCCAAGAGACAACCUAUUCUUGAUGCGAUGGAGGCGAAGAAGAAGAGACAACAGAACUUUUAGUGAAGUUAAUCAAGCUUGGCGAAGGUUUCAACGCUUAAUACACUCCACAGGGUAUGAAAUGUUGCCUCUGUUCGCAUGACAGUGGUAAAUGUUUCCUCUGUUCGCGUGAAAACGUUGAUGAUAAGUUAAAAUACAUUCCAGAAUGCUUCGAGUUGAUAGAAAUCCUGUUCCUGUUACUCCCGCGAGAACUUAAGCUCAAAUGGUGAGAAUUAGGGCUAUAUUGAGGCUGUUUGCAAAAUUUCUGUGCAAACGAAACCCCGCUAACAUCAACUGAACACAAUAACCCGCAUGUAUGCAUUGCGGUCCUAUGUAGAAAUUCGCGAGGCAAUUCGAGACAACUUUAUUGCUAGUGUCUUUCCUUUUUCCGCCUCUUUCCUGAUCAAGGCAGAGGGGAGGAGAGGGUGAGGAGGAAAUUCUGGACAUAGGGCAGGUUUGAAGACUGCACUGAAUAUCUUGAUAGAGAGUUUUAUUCACCACCAUUUAUUUUGCGGUACCCUAAGAUACAACAUUAAACAGGAACUUAACUUGAUAUUUAAGCAAAUCUCCCAACUAGAAGUGUACAAAAUGUAUAGAGGCCAAAGAGGAGAAUUCGCAUGUUGAGCAUGGAGGUUGAAAAUGGCCAACAGACAGUUUUGCGAGAUGCCAUUUUGAUAUACAUUUUGUAAAAGGAAAUGUAAUCAAAUUGACUCAAGCUUACGGCGGUUGAAUACAAAUGUAGUUGUUUUGGUUGUGUUAUUCCCACAGGACGGACUUUCUGACUGACUGACUGACUGAUUGUCUGUCUGUCUGUGUCUGUCUGACUGACUGACUCACUGACUCACUGACUGAC